AUGGCUUAUCGCGGACCACCCAGACAUGGACACGGACACGGACACGGCCAUAGACAUGGACAUGGACAGGGACACGGACACACUCACGGACACGGCCACAGAGACAGCGCAGCUCAAGGAUCAAUCGAUCGCACGCAUCGUGAACUCUACGUUCAAAUCUGCUAUGAGGUGGAAAACGCCGUCCAUUGGAUGAUAAUCAUGAGACAUCCAGGCGACGAGCGUUGCAUCCGCCUGCACAGCACUGGCUGCAUGGGUGAUCGUACAUAUAGUGUAGAAGACGACAUGAGAUUUGAUAGCCAUUCAGUUGCGAGCACACACUAUCUCGGUACGAUUCAUGAAGCAGACAGUUGGAUUGUUGAGAGAGAGGCCGAGAAGAUUCCACUACAGAGUUGCCAACUCUGGGCUUUUUAUCUGAUCCUUCGACUUGAGCGUAAUGGACUGAUCAAAGACGGGCAGUAUAAGCAUUUUAUGAACUGUUAUAAGCAUAGCAGGAGAGAGGAUUAUGGACCGGGAGAUGAUUUCCAUGAUUGCCCGGUUCAUAGACAUUAG